AUGAAGACCACCAUCUGCCUUAGUUGUGCUUUAUCAAUAACAUUCCUUACACUUCUCUCAACAUGCCAAGGACAGAAAUUUACAGUUACGCCUAGUGGAACUUAUUAUGUCACUCGUAGCAAGCCAGUUACUCUAGAAUGUGAAGCCGAAAACGUAGACAAUAUGCAAUAUGCUUGUUCUAAGGAAAUGCACGAUUCCCAAUUAACUGUUGCUGGUCGCGUAUCAGAUGAUGGAACAGAAACACUGAAAGCUUCUUUGAAAGUUACUAAAGCAGAUAUACAAGGCUACAGUUCCAGAAGUCCAUUUUGGUGUGAAUGUGUUGGUGAUACUGACUCAGGAAAUCCUAUUAGAAGUCGACGAUCUGAAAUUAAGUCAGCAUUUUUAAAGAAGGAAUUUAAGACAGUCCCUAAGAGUAAAUCAGCACCUAUUGGUAGUAAAGUAGAAUUCUCUUGUGAAGGUCCAGCUGGCCAACCCUUCCCUAUGAUCUCAUGGCAUAAGAAUGGAAAAAAAGUUAACACACAAAAAGACAAAAACUUCAUCGUAAACGAUCGUGGUAUGUUGAUUAUUAGAAGACUAAGACAAAAAGAUUUAGGAGAGUAUACUUGUAUUGCCAGAAACAUUGCAGCCAAAAGAGUUAGCAGUCCAGCAACUUUGACCAUUGGAGAUGUUGUUGAAACAGUGAAUGACUUUGGGCUAUAUUCCGUGUCCUCUUUCUUGUCAGAUGCUUCUGUUGAAGAUAGAUUAGAAGCCUCUGAUGCUCCUUUAGAAGAUGGUCCAGUCUUUGAAAAGUAUCCCGAAUCUUUAUAUUACGCUACCAAGAAGAAACCCGCAGAAUUGACUUGUAGAGUCGUUGGUGCCAACAUUUUGACAGUCAGAUGUAACAGUCGAAGAUUAUUGGACACAGAACAAACGAAGCAAGAGAUGCCCUCAGCUCAGGGUAAGAUAAUGGAAACAACAUGGCCUGUGACGACUGAUGAUAUUAGAAGAUAUGGUAUUGAUGGCAGUUAUUCCUGUUAUUGUGUAGCCUGGUACGCUCUACCCGGUGCUUCUGGAUGGUUAAACAGAACCUCAUCUGUCGGAUAUAUCGAGCUUGCCUUUUUAGACGAUAAUUUCGCUGCCCAGCCACAGAGUCAAACUGUUGGAAUCGAUAGUUCUGUAACAUUUUCAUGUUCUGCUCCUAGAUCUAAACCACCAGCAGAGAUUCGUUGGUUUUUCAAUGGUCAACCAUUAGAUAUGAACAGUGGUAUAUAUGUGUUUGAUGAAACUAGCGGCAGUUUAACUUUAGAAUCUGUAACAUUAAGAGAUAAUGGUGAAUACCAAUGUGCAGCUUCCAAUGUAGCUGGUGUCAAAUACAGUGAUAUAGCCACUCUCACUGUGCAAGAUGGAUUUGUAAGAAAAGUUGAACCAACGCAAGCAACUGGAAGAAGACAGACCAUUCCCGUAGCAACAGUAGCACCAACUACACCAGCCAGAGCUCCAGGAGAGGCUUAUUUCAGUACACCAUUAGAAGACGUCUAUUACAUGACUCAAGAUAAACCUGCAAAAAUUACUUGUGGUGUUAAGAAUGCUGACAUGAUCACAUUUAGAUGUAAUCGUAGACGUUAUGAACAGGAUGAAAUUACCAAAGAUCAGGUCUAUAAUCAAGAAUCCAAUAAAUACGAUAUCACUUCAUUUAUUCAGGUUACAGCUCAAGAUGUAGCUAAAGCUAAUGGUGAAUAUAGCUGUAUUUGUACUAUGUGGUACACUGUGGGUGGUAACUGGGAAAGAACAGAAAGUGUAGAAGCCAAGGUUGAAGAGGCCUUCCUAGAAGAAGAAUUUGCAAUGGAACCAGUUGAUUCAGAAGUACGAGUUGGUGUUGCUGCCGAACUCGUCUGUUCCCCACCCUUUGGAGGACCUGAACCAGAGGUCUCCUGGUUAAGAGAUAAUGAACGAGUUGAUACUACAAGAGACGGUAAUGUAGAAAUCACAGUGGAUGGUAGUUUAUCUAUUCUAUCAAUGAGGAAGAAAUACGAGGGAAGCUACACCUGUGUUGCUAGUAAUGCUGCCGGUGUUCUGUACAGUCGACCUGCGAGAUUGACAGCUCUUGCAAGAACUGAAACAGUCACUGAUGCCAUCACAGAAUCCAUCUUAGUCGAUGUCAGUUCUACAGCCGAACCUCUCGACUAUACACCAUACUCCGAGCCGGAAAUCUCCAGCGAACCAGGUCGAGGUACUGCUCAUGGAUCUUCACCAAUGUUCUUAGAAGAACCUAAAACAACCUACUACGUUGUAAAGGGACAGUUUAUAACCAUUACUUGCCAAGCCAAGAAUGUUAUAAGAAUCGCCUUUAGAUGUAGUGGUAUGACGGUACCUAACUACCGAUAUGACAACAACCAGGUCUCCUCCAGCGAUAUGAUGAGUGUGUCCUUAGAAUUGAGUCGUGAAGACGUUGAAGGUUUUACUGAUGAUAAUUCCUGUGUCUGUGAUGCCUUUUAUUACAAUCAAGAUACCCAAGAAGAGGAUAAAAUCACCAGUAGUCCAGGUUUCAUCAACAUGGCCUAUAUUAAGAAACGAUUCCAGAAAAAUCCAGUAGAUUUAAGUACAAUGGAAGGAAUGAUGGCUGCACUACCUUGCACUCCACCAGAGGCUUUACCUAGACCAACUGUUCAUUGGUUAUUCAACGGUAAAAGAUUAGAUUCCAAAUUAGGCACCAAUAUUGUACAGCCUGAUGACAAUUCCUUGGUAUUUGUCAAUCCUACACAAGAUUUAGCUGGUGACUACACCUGUGUUGCUGAAAACGUCGCUGGUAAAAGAACUAGUAAUACUGCUCGAUUGACAGUGGAAGUUCCCAGAGGAGGUGGAGGUGUAGUGUUUCCAGAAACAACGUCCGAACCAAUCGGAGAACCAGAAAUAGCAACGUCAGAGCCAGAACCCGAACCGGAAGGAGAAGUUGGUUAUACCACACAUGGAGAUGACAUGCAUCACGGGCAUGGUCAGCAUGGCGGCCACGCUUACCCAAAAACAACUGAAGGUUAUUUUGUAACGUCCAUGAGAGGCAAUGAAAUUGAUAUUGGAUCUCAGCCGACUUAUUCUGAAGAAUCAGGGAUUAAUUCUUCGUCAAAUUUUCUAGAAAGUACUCCCGAGCCUAAAGAGGAUUCUGAUAAGUCAGUUGCUAUGGUAACUGGGGAAUCGGAGGUUAUGACUGAUUCCGUUUCCAUGACAACGAAAGAUAUGAUGGUCGAUGGUGCUAUGGGGGAGAAAGCUACUAAACCUCCUAUGGGCUCUGAAACCACAAAAGAAUCUCACAUGACAACCAGUUCUGAGGAAAUGGGGUCCAUUGUCACUGUUUCAUCUGGAAUGAAACCUAUGUCAAACGCUUCUAAAGACAUGCAACCAAUGGCGACCGAUUCCUCAGUUAUAAAAUCCAUGGCAACGGAUUCUACGGCAAAUCAACCAUUGGCAACUGAAAAUUCUGAAACUGAUAUGAGUAAUGAAAUCGAUUCUAUGAACCCCGAAGAAAAAUCAACGAAAAAACCUAAAAGAAUUAGACCCAAACCUACAUCCAAGAAGUUUAAAAAAUGUCAAGAAAAGAUGUCAGUUUGUAAUAGAUAUUUUACUGAACAAGUCAGACCUGCCGAAGAAAACCAGGACAUGGAAGCAAAAUGCCAAGCCGCAGCUGAAUAUUCUAUGUGUGUAGAUGAAUUUGUUGAUAAAUGUAAAAAUGAAAUCAAAGCUAAUGCUAUUAAUACUAUUAUAUAUACAAGAGAUCGUCUUACUAGUAGCUGUAGAGAUGACGUUGGUGUAGUACAUACAGAUCUUGGUCCAUAUGAAUCUUGUAAUGAACUUCAGAUGUGCACCAGGCAUUUAACAGAGGGAGAUUCUAUUUUUGAUAAUGUUCACUCUGCAUGCAAUUCCUUAACAUCUAUGUUAAUGUGUGGAGAUAGUGCUUUAAGUAAAUGUAGUAUUGAAAAUUCUGCUAAUGGUGAUACAUCAUUGUCUACUGUUGGUGAAUGGUAUUCUAAAUAUUGUAAUAAAGUUAUCAUGGAAAGAACCUCAUUUGUCACAUGUGAAAGUCUCAGACCAUGUAAUACACCAUUCAAUGCCUCAACCUCAGUGAAAGAUAUGUAUGAUGUUAACAAAUGGUGCCAAUACACACAUUCAGUUAUUAUCUGUACUAACAAUGCUCUAGAUAACUGUGAAUCGGAAGACAGAGAAGCAAUAGAAUCCGAUUUAAGAAUGUUACAAGCAGAAGCUUCUGAUAUCUGCCCUAGACCAGGGGCAUCAGAAGAAGUUAUUGAUAUUGGUACAAGUAAAGGUAAUGAUGGUAGUGGAGCAUCAACAGUAUUUUCAACGUCUUCCAUCUUCUUAUCAUGUGUUCAUGUAGUUCUCGUGUUUGUUCUAUCAUUAAGGUAGAGGGGUGCUUAAUUAGCUUGUUUAAUGAUUAGUAUUUGGUUAUUUUUGUGACUCCUUGCAGAACGUGAUUGCUACUAGAUUCAAAACGAUCCAGACGACAAGCUCUUGUGUCCAUUACGUCAUCGUUUUUUGCUUGUUACAUCAUCAUUAAAUGCCAUCUCUACUCUCUGGACUUAAUGGUCACAAGAGGCUAACGGAUAAGAUAACGUGCUAAUAUGAAUUUUGUGUUCCAUAUUCCUGUAUUGCCAGACAUUGAUUUUAUUUAUUUAAUGGGGUUAUUUAAGUGCAUAAUAAUAAUAAAAGAUACUCAUAACUUAAUAUCAUAAUGGAAAGAAAUGGUAGCAAAGGAAAACAGAAUGAUUGAACAGUGUAGGACAGACUGGAUUAAAGGAUGCCAUGUUAUUUGAACGACUACAAAUUUAAACCACAGGAAUUCUAUUUUUAUUGCCUUAACCACCUUAAGUCGCCGUUAUUGCUUGCCAUGUAGCGGCUCUGUUGUGCAAGAAAGCCACCGUGUGUACAUACAAAGGUUUUAGAUAAUUUUGUUCGUGUUGUUCAUAAUUCUUUUUAAUCACUGUGUUUGUACAGUUUUUUUUAACGUCCAUAAUUUUUUUCCUUGUGGUGUCUUGCGGUUAAUCUUCCGGAAUUUCUGCAUUGUUACACAAUUAUGCCUUUUGAUACCUUUUAUAUUGAACUCUUCUAGUCAAGUGGAGCUCUUGGGCCGUAAUCAUUUUUUGAGAUCAGGAACAAAAAAGCAAACACGAACUGAGCUGUCUUCACCGAAGUCAAACUACAGAAAAUAUUCAUUCAAACCUGGGCAUAAUAGUGCCACAUAGUCGUUCAUUCACUGUAAAAGCAAUAGAACGUUUAACGUCAUUCAGCCUUGAGCAACCUUUCAAUUACGUCUUUUUAAACCCUACCUCAAGAGCUCCCACAUAAGAAAAUUCGUCAUUUUUGUACCUUAAAAUUAUAAUUAAAAAACUACUUAUAUAAAUAAUAUAUUUCCUUUUUUUGUAAAUAUUCUUUGAUAUUUGACGUAGUUGGUAGAGAAUAUUUGUUAUCAUUGAAAUUAUAAAUAAUAACAUAAUGCAUGAUUUAAUAUAAUAAUUAUAAAUAACUUAUAUAAGUUUGAUAUUCAUUUUGUAAAGAAAUAUCUUUGAAAUAUAAUUUUGAUAAUGGGCGUACGAGGACUACUUAAAUCCAUCAAAUCAAGAAUUUAAAACAAAAUGACAAAAAACCUUUGCAAUUAUUGAAAAUUUAAACCUUUCGUUUUGGUGUUUAUGGAAAUAAAUUCAGUCUAGGCAAUAAACAAAUUCAGUUUAGAACAAAUUCAGUCUAGGCAAUAAUCAAAUUCAGUCUAGACAAUUAACAAAUUCAGUCUAGGCAAUAUAUUAUUCAGUCUAGGCAAUAACCAAAUUCAGUCUAGGCAAUUAAUUCAGUUUAAGCAAUAAACAAAUCCAGUCUAAGCAAUGAACAAAUUCAGUCUAGGCAAAAAAUUCAGUUUAAGCAAUGAACAAAUUCAGUCUAGGCAAAUAAUUCAGUUUAAGCAAUGAACAAAUUCAGUCUAGGCAAAAAAUUCAGCCAAUUCAACUCGUAUGCCUAUAGAGAUUUCUUAUGUUUGUUUGUUGGUACAGCUUAAUUUUGACUUUAGAACACUGUAGAUUUGAUAAAAGUAAUGCUUUAGUUGAUAACAUCGGAAACAAUUUUUUAUGACGAAGGUAAAUAUACAUUAUAGAAAUAUCAGGCAUGUAUCAGGCACAGCUCCAUGUUCUUUGAAUAGCCAAUCAUGUGAAAGAGAUGCCUCUAUGUGAAUGCCUUUCAAUGUUAAUGCCUUUCAUGUGAGUAUGGAGCUUAACAGUUACCCAAUCGUUCCAAAGCAACUUGUUAUGCAAAUCUAUUAUGUGCCUUAUUCAAUAUUCAUGAAACUUGCCUUUUGUAAAUUCUAAUAAAUUUUCUUUUAAAUAUGGAUACUUUAAAGAAAGCAAUACUGCAACACUAAAUAUCACACUGUAGCUUGUCUGAAAUGAAAUGAAACCAAGCCAAAAAUUAAGUGUAAUUUUUAGCUUUCAGGGAAACAUUGGCUGAAACUAUCUUUUUGUCCCCAGGAAUAUGGCAGGGAACCAGACGAGGCAGUAUACUCAAAUUUCAGAAUUCCAGGAUGGUUAUGGAUCAGACUUAUUUCAAUUGCUACUUGGAACAAUUGGGGUAAUUAGGUCACUGUUAAUAACAUAAUUUCAUUGUUAAUUGUUAUUAGCCUGAUAUUCUAUAAAAGUCUUUACAUUCUGAUUAGAGAUUGACACUGAUAGAUCAUGUCUUCUUCAACUGCUGAAUUAUUUGGUAUGAUUUCAAUGUCUUCAGUGUAGUUGUGUUUUUCUAAUAAAGCGAUUUGUGUU